AUGAUUUAUAAUAAAUCUAGAGGUUUUGUUCAUUGUAGUUUUAGUCUUACCGAAACAUGCAAUGAAAACUGUUCGUGCCCCUUGAAUUCAUUUGAUCCCGUAUGUGGCAGUGACAAUGUCUGGUAUAUAUCUCCGUGCCAUGCCGGAUGCACGAACCACGCAAACAACGGAUCAUCGGUUAGCAUGUUUAUCCAUUUUUUUUUAAUUAAUAUAUAA